UCCCCCCUCCAAGAUGGAGGCCUUAGGGGGCUAUCCCGUCAAGUCCUCGGGGCCCAAAGUGAAGAAGUUGACGGUUCUGUUGAGCAUGACGGUCGGCGUGGGCUGCUUGUUCCUGCUCCAGACGCAGCUGCUGAAGCCCCAAAAGCCGGCGGACUUUUAUUCGUUCGAGGUAAAAGACGCAAAAGGGAGGACGCUUUCUCUGGAGAAGUACCGAGGAAAAGCUUCUCUGGUUGUCAACGUGGCGAGCCACAGCGAGCAGACGGAGGCGGCUUACCGGUCCCUCCAGGAGGUCCACAGGGAGCUGGGCACGUCUCACUUCAACGUCCUGGCCUUCCCCUGCGGACAAUUCGGCGACACCGAGACCGGAACCAGCAGUUACAUCGAGGCGUUCGCCAAGUCCACCUACGGGGUCACAUUCCCCUUCUUCGGCAAGAUCAAAAUAAUGGGCUCCGAGCCCGAACCGGCUUUCAAAUUCCUCACAGGGAGCGCACUUGGAGCCCAGUCGGGGGAGGUUGGAAGAACUGGGUGGAACAAACCAUUUUUGAGGCAAGAUUCUGUGCAGAAAGUUCCCAAGUGGAACUUUUGGAAGUUUCUCGUGAAUCCAGAGGGCCAAGUGGUGCGCUUUUGGCGAGCCGAAGAGCCCAUGGAGAGCAUUCGCCAAGAGGUGGCAGCGAUGGUGCGAGAGAUCAUCCUGAAAAAGCGAGCGGAGCUAUAAUGGCGUUUUUUUUUUUUAGCCUUACUGAUUGGACACACUGCCUAACUCUGUCCUGUGCCAUGACGACCAGAACUUGCAGGACUGAAAUGUUAGGCUACAUUGUGCGUGGUUGAACCAUGACUCCAAACAGUGGGAUUAUCAAAGAUUCUGUUUUAGCCAAUGGAGGCAAUGUGUGGCUCGGGACAAUGAAUGUGUGUAUUCGUGUGUGUGUGUGCAAGGCCAUUAGAUUGGAUGAAGAAAAAAAAAUGCCAAACAUGAAUUUUCCUCAACCUGAUGGAUGUUAAACCACUGAAGUGGUACACUUGGUUAUGUCCAUGCUCUUAUCUGAAACAUCUCACUCAAUGUUUUUUUUU